AACUCAGGGCUAACUCGUGACCGUGCGGAUGACGACAUUCUACAUCCGCUUUCGCUCGCGGUCUUGGCGCGAGACUUGUCCGUUAGUGUCGGCAGGCUGAAGCGGACGGUUUAAUUUUUAUGAAUGAAAGUGUGUUACCUUCACAAUAACACACUACACACCUCUUAAUGAGCAGCACACCUGAGGAGUAACGACGUUUCUACGAGUCGGUUGUCUGGUGCAUUGACUUCAGUCACAAUGAAUUGCGAUCUUUUGGCAACGUGCAGUGCUCUUGGCUAUCUGGAGGGAGACACCUACCACAAGGAGGCUGAUUGCUUAGAAAGUGUGAAGGAUCUGAUCAGGUACUUACGCCAUGAAGACGACAGCCGGGAUGUCCGCCAGCAGCUCGGUGCAGGCCAGAUCGUACAGAACGAUCUUCUGCCUAUUAUCGUUCAACAUGGACAAGACAGGACUUUAUUUGAUGCCUGCAUCAGGCUCAUGGUCAACCUCACUCAGCCUGCUAUGCUUUGUUUUGGUAAAGUCCCGGACGACGCCGUGUUUAGGCAUCACUUUUUGCAAGUGACAUCUCAUUUACAGGCCUAUAAAGAGGCGUUUGCCAGUGAGAGGGUGUUUGGCAUUUUAAGUGAGAUAUUAUACAACCUCCUACAACUGGACUGGGAGCAGAGACAGGAGGAGGAUAACCUGCUGAUAGAGAGGAUCCUACUGCUGGUCAGGAAUGUCCUUCAUGUACCUGCGGACCCCUGUGAAGAGAAGAAAGUGGAUGAUGAUGCCAGCAUCCAUGAUCGACUGCUGUGGGCCAUCCACAUGAGUGGUUUCGAUGACCUGGUUAAGUUCCUGGCAUCGGCCCAGAGUGAGCAGCAGUGGAGUAUGCAUGUGUUGGAAAUAAUCUCCCUCAUGUUCAGAGACCAGACGCCGGAAGCUUUGGUGAGCGCUGGUCAGGCUCGUUCGGCAGAAGAGAAGCAACGAGACUCUCAGGAGCUGGAGGCACUGAGGCAGAGGGAGCACGCAGCGAGACGUUCUCGCACAUUUCAAAGAGGAACCAGACACUCUCGCUUCGGAGGGUCAUUCGUUGUUCAAGGUCUCAAGUCGAUCGGGGACAAAGAUGUGAUCUAUCACAGAAAUCUUCAUAAUUUCAAAAAUCAUACCCAUGACACGGGCAAAGCAGUGAGACGUGUUCCCAAGAAGAACCGGCAGGCUCAGGAAUGUAAGGACAAACGGCGUUCAGCCUUAAACGUUCGACUCUUCCUGCGAGAGUUUUGUGUGGACUUCCUGGAGAACUGCUACAAUCGCCUCAUGUACCUUGUCAAGGAAAGUCUCAUUCGAGAGCAAACUGAGCAACAUGACGAGACCUACUACCUCUGGGCAAUGAGCUUUUUCAUGGCCUUCAACCGUGGCAACGGUUUCCGCGCUGACUUAGUUUCUGAGACCAUGUCCAUCCGUGCUUUCCAUUUUAUCGAGCGCAACAUCACCAACUACUACGAGAUGAUUCUGACGGACCGCAAAGAGGCCACGUCCUGGUCACGCAGGAUGCACCUGGCACUAAAGGCGUAUCAGGAACUGCUGCUGACUGUGAAUGAGAUGGACCGCUCACAGGAUGAAACCAUCCGUCAGAGUUCCAGUGUCAUUAAAAGUAACAUAUUUUACCUGAUGGAAUACAGGGAAAUUUUCCUGACGUUGCUGAGGAAGUAUGAUGAAACCAAACAGCCUCACUCCUACCUUAAAGACUUGGUGGAGUCAACUCAUCUCUUCAUGCGCAUGUUGGAACGCUUCUGCAAAGGUCGCAGAAACCUGAUGGUUCAGAAGAAGAAGGUGAGGCGAAAAAGGUCCCGUGGUGAAAAAAAGACUCCAGCUCCAGAAACUACUCCAGAAGCCCUGGCAGAGACCUGGAAGGUUGUGGAGGAAGAGCUGAAGACGACAGGGUUUCAGUUGUCAGAGUCUUUAACCGAAAGCAUCGUGCCGUUUGACGCCACAUCUGAAAUUCCACUUGAGGAGCAGCGGACUGAGGCCAUGGUGCGUGUGCAGGAUGCACUACUGGCUCGACUGGGACCAGAAGCGUUGGGGCUGCUGCGUGCUGCCAGGGAAGUCUGGCCAGAGGGUGAUGUCUUUGGUUCAGCUGAUGUGGAAACUGAAGAGGAACUGGAACUCCUUAAGCAGAUCCUGCAUGCCAACCUCCCAAGGUCAUCUCCUCCUGAGCAUGUGGUAGAGGACGAGGAUGAUGCCGCAGAGUUGGAGGAGGAAGAGUUGGAGACCAUCCAGGUUUCUGAAAAAGAGUUCAACUUUCUUGACUUCAUCAAGAGGUUUGCCAACCCCAGUAUUGUGCGUCCGUACCUCCUCUUAUUAAAAUCCUACUCCAAAAACACACCUCACACAAACCACUGCAUCGCUCGAAUGCUGCAUCGUCUGGCUGUCGACCUCAAAAUGGACGCCUUGCUUUUCCAGCUGUCCGUCUUCAACCUUUUCAACAAAAUCCUGAGUGACCCCGCCGCAGCUGCUUACAAGGAGCUGGUGACCUUUGCCAAGUAUGUGCUGAACCAUUUCUUUUCACUGGCGGCAAAAAACAACAAGGCGUACGUUGAACUGUUGUUCUGGAAAAAUGUGGGGGCUGCACGUGAGAUGACUGAAGGCUACACCAAAGAUGGAGAGGGAAAGAAACCAUCGUGGACUGAAGAGGAGGAGGAGGAGUUACGCAAGCUCUACGAGGAGCACCGUGAUUCUGAAGUGCCAGAUAUAGUGGAGACUUUGCUGCCAUUACUCAGCAACGGCAACCGCACUCGGCGCCAGGUGGUGACACAGCUGGUGCACAUGGGUCUGGUGGACAGUGCUAAAGAACUGAAGAAACAAAAGAUAGGUACCCGGAUUGUUCUUUGGACUGAGGAGCAGGAGCAGGAGCUGGAGAUGCUCUACGAGGAGUACAAAGACUCUGACGAUGUGCUGGGUAACAUCCUGAAGAAGCUCACGGCCAAGCGGUCCCGCGCACGUGUGGUGGAUAAGCUGCUCAGUAUGGGCUUGGUGUCAGAGAGACGAGAACUUUAUAAGAAGAGGAGUCGCAACGCUCAGGGGAAGAGCUCUGGAAAGAGCUCUGGAAAGGGAAUGACUGAAGAAGAGUUCCUAGAAGGACUAACACAAGAAUUCCCAGAUGAUCCCGUGGACAGAGAUGAGGAAGAAGAGGAAGAAGAUGAGUCUGACGAGAGUGAGGGAGAGGAAGAGGAAGAUGAGGAGCAAGAACGGCCAAAAUCACAAAACAGAGGAAGGAGAAGCCAAAGCCUGAACUCCUCGGUAGAGGGGAGAGCUGAUGUAGGCUCCAUGGUGUAUGCUUUACAACAGGAAGGCAUGUCUGGACCCAUGCUGUGGCUACAGAACUGUCUAAACAGAACAGCAGCAGACCGUGAAGAAGAUAGUUUGUCCCAGCCUGUGCCACUUGUUCCUCUGACAGAGGCCAACGAGGACGCCAUGGACAACAAGAGCUUCCGCAAGCUGUUGCGCAAACUGGGGAUGCGAGCACCUGCGAAUGAACAGGAAUCCUUUUGGAGGAUCCCAGCAAAGCUCAGUGUAUCCCAGCUCCGGAGUGCAGCAGCAGCUCUUAGUCCAAGUGAGGAAGAACCUAAAGGAGACCAGGAGGAAAAUGGCUCCACGAGUCCAACCAGAGAACCCCAGGAGGAGGAGGAGAAGGAGAAGGAGGAGGAGGAGGUCUCAGGUGAACAGAGAGCUCAGGCUUUGAGAGCUCUGCUGCUCUCACGCAAGAAGAAACACCACACCUCAGAGCGUACAGCUCCAGUGUCAGAUUUACCUCCUGUUGAGGAUACAGACCGUACCCCUGAGAGGUCCCAGGAGAAAUCCUCAACUAAAAGAAGGAGACGCAGACUGCUGGACGAUGACGAGGACAAAGAGGAGGACUCCGCCCCUGCAGUGGAUAUGGAAACCAACGCUGAUGCAGAUUCAGACACGGAGGAUAUCUCCGCUCCUGUGAAGCGUAGACGGAAGAUGGUCUUAAUUGAUGAAGAGGAAGAUGAGGAUUAGUGACUUUCUUUAAUGGACUGUAAAA